UGAACCAAAUCUUUAUUUCAUUAAUAAAUAUUAAUCGAAUUUAUUAAAUGUACAGUGUUUUUAAAUAUAAAUUAUGCCAAAUGUAGAAGAAAUUGGGGCAAAUAAAAAUAUACUGCGCCUAAACUCAUAACAGUUUUUUUUUUUACUGUUUUGGGUUCAUGAGAUCUCAAAUUGAAGAUUUGCAAAAAAACUCGAAGGAUUGAAUUUGGCACGAUUCCAAUUCUUUUCCAUGUUACAUACAUAAUAAGUCGAGAAAAUAAAAGCAUUACAUAUUAACGACAUCUGCUGGGCAUCUCGUGCAUAACUAAAGAGGUUACAAUCAGCCUUAAGCACAUUUUACACACAAUUCGAGGCUGGUUUAAAUAUUUUUACAAAUAAACUAAUUUUUACUUCAACGUUCUUCUAGUUUUGUAUUGAAUAUCAUAAUUAACAUUUUAAAUAUAUAUAUUUCUAAUGAUUAAUUUUCUAUUUGAACAUCAUAUUAUUUAUAUACAGUAUAAAAUAGUUCACCAAGAACGUUACAACACAGACUUAUUGUAGUUUCGCUUUGUCCAGAAACAAUAUACAUAUAUAAAUAGCUUUCAUAAAUAUGCAUUUUAUAUAUACAGAUAUAUGCAAAAUUAAUGUACAGGCAAUUUAGCUGUAAAUCAAUUGUUCAGAAAACUUGUCUGUCCGGUUGUUUCUGAAGGAUAUCAGGCAGCAACGCCCAUUUUCACUUGUAGAAAAAUUUAAAAUUAAUUAUUUCCAUCAACAAAGCCGCAGAUACAGUAAAGUUUCGUACGCGGAUAUUCUUAUUUUAUACAGAAAUUGACCGAUGGCUGAAAUAUACGCGCUAAACUGUAGGUUUGAACGUUUCAUGGAGUGUGGACAUAUUAGAGGCAGAUUUACUCAGGAGUAUGGUAAAGCAUUUCCAAGUAACGAAAAAGAACUGAAGAGACAAUGCGAAUUUCAACUAUUUUGUGCAGAUUAUUCGAGGAAAUGAGAAACUGUGUAUAAUUUUAGUCAAAACUGUAUGACUAAUAUGGAUAGAAUAGUGGGGGAUUCUAUGGUUUCCGCAGCUGCACAGAAAAUGAAGAAUUGUUGCAACCCAGAAAAGCAAUUAUUCAAAGAGUAUUUAAAAGAAACCGUGUGUAUAAACGAUAAUUAUGAAACUGCUAAAUUAUGCUUCAAGGACAACCUGGAUUCUGUAGUUUCUAUGUACAAAAAUACAUCGAAAAAUAAAUUGCUCAUUUAUUGUUGUGGAAUAAAUCGAUUGAGAAAAUGCAUCAACGAUCACUAUGAAGAUAAAUGCAACAAGAAGGCAGCUUCACUAAUGGAAGAUCAGCUGGAAAUGAUAUUUUCUGAAUGGACUUUCGCAAUAUGUGAUCCUUAUUUAGAAGUUAUAAAAGAUUGCCCACCAAAACCCAUGUUAACUGAUCGGGAUAAAUACAAACAUUAUUACUACAUUCGUUACCUGUGGCCUUUCUCUGAGCUUAAUUAAUAAAAUAUACUCUUUUAUUGACA